UUCUACUCUUCUAUCUUAUCUGUGGUUUGUCAAUGUGCUAGUGAGUGGUUUUGCAUGGUGUUUACUCUCAGAAUUUUGCUGAAAAGUGAUAAAAUAACGGUGUUUCUGUAUAUUCCAUCGAUACAGUGUCGGCGAGUGCCGAUCACACGUUUUCAGUGCUUUUUCCCUUAAGUCAUGAUGUUCAAAGUCUAAUAAAAAAUAGUUUAUAAGUGAAGUCAAACAAUUGGAUUAUAAGGAAAACCCGGAAAAAUAGACACCAUGUUCCAGAAACCAGCUUUUGGUUCCAACACGACCAAUUUUGGGUCGUUCAACGCGGGUACGUCGACGGCGUCUCCGUUCGGCGGCUUCAAGCCGGCGACGGGUACCAGCGCGUUUGGAGCCCCGCCUGCCUUCGGGGCUGCUACGUCGACCCAGCAGACUACGGGUGGAGGCCUAUUUGGCUCCACAAACACCACAGGAGGCCUGUUUGGUGGCUCAACAGCGUCCACUUCCACAGCGGGCUUCGGCGCGAGCACAUCGGGCUUCGGUUUCGGAGCCCCUCAGCCGGCCAGCGGAGGCCUAUUCGGAAAUACUUCUACCGUAGGCGGGGGACUGUUUGGGAAUCAACAUAAUCAGACCGCUUUCGGGGCUAAGCCUACUGGUUUUGGCUUCGGCAGCACAAGUACAACUGGUGCGGCUUCCGGCAGUCUGUUCGGAUCCACACCAGCCACGGGUACCGGACUAUUCGGACAACAGAACAACACCAUCGGAGGUGGACUGUUCUCUAAUAAUACUGCAGGAGCAUUCGGUCAACAGCAACAGCAGGCGUCGGGCACAGCACACGUCAAGUACAACCCGGUAGUCGGCACCGACGUGGUCGUCAAGUCUGGCACCUCGCAGAAUGUCAACAUCAAGCAUCAUUGUAUUACUUGUAUGAAGGAAUAUGAGAACAAAUCCCUGGAAGAGUUGCGUCUAGAAGACUAUGUGGCUGGUCGAAAGGGCAGCAGCGGUGCUGUGUUCGGCGGCUUCCAACAGCAGACGGAGAACAAGCCGCUGUUCGGCAACACCUCAUUCGGUCAACCAGCAACCACGAGCUCCAACUCAGUGUUCGGAGGCUCCGCCCUGGGCGGCGGCUUCGGCGCCACAGCCCCUACAUCGUCGUUCUCUUUCGCGGCGACUCCAGCGCAGCCCGCCACGCAGGGGCUGUUCGGACAGGCUAAACCGGCCUUCGGGGCUACGCCUGCUACUGGUGGCACGGGCUUAUUCGGUGCUACUACUACUCAGGCGCCCACUUUUGGCACAAACACCUCCACGUUCGGCUUCGGGACUAACACACAGCCACAGCAACAAACCGGCGGCCUCCUAUUCGGCGGCGCGAAGCCGGCGACUUCCGGCUUCGGCACAGCGCCGACGAGCACCGGCUUCGGCGGCUUCGGCUCCACCGGCGUGUUCGGAGCAAAGACGCAGGCGCCUAGCUUCGGGACUCAGGCUCCUGCAUUCGGUUCGAUGACCACCGGGGCUUUCGGCACGAGCACAUCUCAGUCGGGAGGCCUGUUCGCGGGACAGGGCUUCGGCAAACCCACCACGGCGCCUACUUUCGGCUUCAACAACCCACAGACUGGGCUGGGAGGCGGUCUGGCCGGGUUAGGCACGAACACGUUUCAAGCGAAGCCGGCAGUACCCGCGUUUGGACAACUCGGCGCUACCAUGUUCAACCAGCCGACACAGAACAAUACUUUUAAGACUGGUCUAGACAGCGGCCUCGGCGGCGGUAUGUUCGGCAACAACAGCUCGCUGGGGCUCGGCAUGACGCUCGGCGGCAUGCAGAACAACACUACUAGUGUCAUGAACAACAGCCUCUCGGGUUCGUCGGCGGGCGGUAACGUGCACGAACAGAUAUUAACUCUAGCGGCCCGGCCUUACGGCGACUCGCCACUUUUCAAGGAUUUACUGCCGGAUUCAUCGACAACAGCAGAAGAUGUCCUAAAGCCCACAAACCCAGCGGCAGUAAAGGCAGUGCUAGACAGCUCCAACAGUGCGGCGUACCGCGUGACGUCACCCACCGCCAUACGACUCACCGUCACCCCGCGAGCUAGCAGCGAUAAGAAAUCCCUAUUCGACGGUCUAGAAGAAACAGACGCGAGUUUAGAAGACAAGCUUUGCCUGAAGCCGUCGCGCAAGCGCCUCGUACUGCGCCCCAAUCAGAGGGCCAAUGAAGGACAUAACGACUCUGUGGAUCACGCUAAUGAUACUGGCAGAUCACUAGAAGAUCAGCCGCAAUCCAACGGCGGGGUACCGGCCGGCAGCCUGGCCGCAGAUCAGCCGAACAUAGACGAGGUGGACCGCAAACAGGACGACUAUGUCUCCUUGAAGAAUUCCGCUGGUAGACAAGCUGAUGUUUCUUCCGGUCCUGACAAACAUGGAAGUUGGCUCAGUGCUUCUACGAUGCCAUGGGGCGACAAGGAGAAGUCAAUCGAUGGAGACCCGACGCCACGACUCUAUCCUAAUAUUGACAAAGACAUUCAAGCCCAAGUAUCAGAGCGCCGAGCCAGCUGGUUGACCACGAAACCGCUGCGCAAACCCCUCGUGUCCAACCCUGAUGCUGCAGAGAACUCCGUCAGAGAACUCAGGGUCAGAGACCGCUCACACGACAAGGAGAAUGUCGAUACUCUGUCCGUAUCGGAGGAGGAGCACGUUUCGCCUCGCGAGUUGCCGCCGCAUCCCACCGGCGUGAAGCUGACUCGCCCCGGCUACUACACCAUACCCAGCCUCGAUGAGAUGAUCAGUUACAUACGCAGCGACGGUAGCUGCGUGGUGCCGCACCUGACGGUGGGCCGCCACAACUACGGCAGCGUGCACUACGACGCAGAGAUCGACGUCAGCGGCAUGGACUUGGAUAGUUUGGUUCACUUCUUAAACAAGGAGGUGAUAGUAUACCCUGAGGAGUCGGAGAAGCCUCCACUAGGGUCCGGCCUGAACCGCCGCGCCGUGGUGACGCUCGACCGCGUGUGGCCGCGAGACAAGAGCGAGAAGCGACCCAUCACUGAUCCUGACAGACUUCUAAAAAUGGACUACGAGAACAAACUACGGCGCGUCUGCGAUAAACACAACACUAAGUUCAUAGAGUACCGGCCGCAGACCGGCAGCUGGGUGUUCCGCGUCGAACACUUCAGCAAGUACGGGCUGACGGACUCUGAUGAGGAGGAGGACGUGCCCGAGCUCAUGAAGAGGCAGCUCGUUACUCAGACGCUGCAGAAGGCUGCUGCUCCUACACCAAAACAGCCAGUAGGCACAGCAUCAGCGGGACUGGGCGGGCUGGGCGGCCUGGCCGAGGACAACCUGUUCGCGAUGCAGCAGACCUCGCUCAACCUGCUCAACGGCGCCGCCAAAGCUUUCGAAAUGGACACCACGGAAGAUAAUACGGAGUCACAAAGUCUCUAUUUAGAUAACAGAGCAUAUGGAGUAAAAAGUCCUACGAGCGAACUAGCUCGCUUGGAAAACCGACAGAGCCACAAUGUCCAGCUUAUGAAGGCGUCGCUCUAUGCUGACACCGAAAUGGAAGAUGAUGCCUCCGUAUCGACGGGAGACCAGUUAGUACCAGUGUCUGUCCCGCUACUAACUAUGCCGACACUCGCGCCGUCUGUCAUCAAGGACGACCAGCAGAUAUCCAUGACUGAGCCAGCUGAUGCUGAAGGUAAGAACCUUCCUCCUGUCCUGAUCCCCUCAGAGAUAGGAGACCAGUUAGUACCAGUGUCUGUCCCGCUACUAACUAUGCCGACACUCGCGCCGUCUGUCAUCAAGGACGACCAGCAGAUAUCCAUGACUGAGGCUCCUGAUGCUGAAGAAACUCCGAUGAAGCCGCUCAUAGUUCGUCCUCAUACAAUUGUGUUGAACUAUCACAGAAAAGUGCCUCCAUUCAAACAGACUAUUGCUGGUCGUCUGGACGCAGCCUACAUAUCCGACAUGUCAGUGUGUCGGGCUCGCCACGCCCGCGUGGGCUUCGGUCCGGCGGGGGCGCUCGCCUUCGCCACCUCCCUGCAGUCGGUCAACGACCUGCCUAGAACGGCAGAACUAUCAGAAUUGGGCAGGUAUGUGCGUGGGAGAGCUUCUAACGACUGGUCAGAACCUCUGCUCGUCAGAAUGGCUAUCGGACAACCCGAGAAAGAUGAUGCUAUGUUGGAAGUCUUAAAGAAGCAAUUAGAGGUACUUCUCAACCACUCGACGCACAUAGAGGUAGCGGAAGGUCAAUGCCCCCAGCUGCGAGUGUCGCAGGAAUCGCGCGACCGACGCGACGUGCUGCGACAGUAUUUGCGACUCGCUAAUGUUAAUAACAGACAUAAGUUCGGCGUGUCCGGAGCAUAUUGUCACGAAGUGUGGCAACUGUGUGAUGCACUGUGGGGCGCUGAUCUUGAAAACGAUGGUGUACCGAGCCAAGACCUCCUAUCCACAGUGAACAGGCACCGGAAGCUGCUGGACUGGCUCAAGAGUGCCGUCUCCGAGGCCACGGAUGAGGAACUGUCUGAACCCAUGCCCGGGGAGAAGGAGGACGAAGCGGAUGGCCACAGCGCUAGAAUCUGGACGCUGCUACUGGGCGGGCGAAUCCUGGAGGCGUGCAAGGUGGCCAAAGAACACGGCGAUCUCAACAUGGCCAUGCUCAUCGCUCAGGCUGCUGGCGACCCAUCAUUCCGGUCCCUCAUUACUCGUCAACUAUCUCUCUGGCGAGAAUGUGGUGCCGACACCCUCAUAUCUUCCCACCGCUGGGCAACACUGCAGCUCAUCGCUGGACAACCGCCCAGAGACAAGCUGGCCCACUCGCACUGGCUCACUGCCCUACACGCUACUGCUAGGUACCUAUGCUCCCACGUACCAUCACUGGAGCAGGUGAUGAGAACGUACGAAGGCUUCUUCACCACUGGUGAGGAUCGAGAUGAUGAAGUGGAUCUGACUGUCGUGGACGGUGAUGAGAUGGGCAUGAGGCUGCCUCUGCCGCCGUACGUUAACCAGUACGAUGUUACUGUUGACUAUAACGGCAAGCAACGUCGCGUUCUAGACCUCCGCUACGAGUUGCUGCGAGCUCGCGCCUUCAACUGCAGACCCAAGCUGAGACCUGCUGCUUACACUCCCGAUCCGUUAGACUAUAGCUUGUGUUUCCUGCUAGGCACGUGGUUCGGCAACCCCUCAAUAGAGAGUAUAACGGGCAUCGCUGAUCAACUAGAAGCGAGUGGCGAGUGGCAUCUAGCCGUGCAAGCUCUCUGCUAUCACCCCGACGAUGUGGCUCGAGGCCACCUCAUCCGCGGCGUCCUGUCUCGUCACGCGCCCAGCAAGGCGGACAACCCUGCAACACAGGCGCGGCUCGAGCUCGUCACGCGGCUGCGAGUGCCGCGACAAUGGCUGCUGUUGGCUCAGGCGCAUAGAGCUAAGUAUGAGCGUCUGCCCGCCUUAGAAGCGGAGUACCUGGUCGGUGCUGGUCAGUGGAACGCGGCGCAUAAAGUGUUGCUCGACGAGCUGUUACCCGAAGCUGUGUUAGCAGAUGACUUACAAAGUAUAGCACCUUUACUAGAGAAAAUGAACAGUGCGGCAGAACGUGACGAACUCAGCGGCUGGCAGAGCGGCGGACAAGCGCUGCAUCUGUAUCUACACGUCUGUGUGCAGAUACGCGGUCUAGUAUCGUCGGCAGAAGCCCAGCGUGACCGCGCCAACGUUCACGCGCAACUCGAAGCGUUGCGGCCCAAAGUCGCCGCCGCAUGCCGGGCGUUAGGCGGGUUGCAGCCUAAGAGCUUAGGAGGCCGCUUCGCCCGUGCCGAGAUGGGGGCCCGGCUGGUGCAGUGCACGCUGGCGGGCGGGGAAGCCGCCGCGCAUGUCGCCGCGCUGCUGAGGACGCUCGCCCUCCCGCCCGACACCACGCACACUGCACAGCACAAGAUUAGCUCAAUGCUAGCGUCUCGUGCGGCCGAGAGCGCUUGUCCUGCAUCGCCAGCCAGCUAA